CAAAACCCAUGUCGGAAGCUGAACCUCAUGUCGGAAGCUGAACCAAUUUCUGCCAAGAUCAAAUCUGCGGCGACGGUGGUUGAGCAGGUGAGUGCUCGAGAGAAAUCAGCAGCGACGGCGAGUCGUCGGCAUCGGCAAAAGCGAUUGCGCCGUUGCGGUGGCGGUAGAGGUGGUCAAGGCAGCAAACAUGUGCUUGACCUACAAGAAUUUCUGGUUGACGGGCUUCUAUGUGUAAGUGCGCCAGCUCUCUCUGCGAGACUCAUAGAUACCCAAAGAACCACAAUUGCGAGUUGUGACCAAGCUUUCAAGAAAGUAGGGAAGAAUGUAAUCGCCAAGGCCAAUCUGAUCAUCAAGGCUGACAAGGUCGAUAGGUUCUGAGAGCUGAUGAAAUGGAAAGAUGGGUUCUCAUAGAUUUGGUACAUCAGUUUGGAAUAAUUUCUUAUAAAGCUUCUGUCUUAUUUCGAAUUGUUGAUUAGUAGUGGGUAGUUUGGUGGGUGAAUUGUGUAUUUAAAUGAUAAGUUAGGUAGUUGUGGGUCUUGCUUGGACGAUGAAAUUGUGAGGACCUCGGCCUCCCCAAAGGAUUCUACGAGCUCUCGACAUUGUGGACAGAGGAAUUGGUGAGUUCCCUUCGUUUAACUUUCUUCUGCACUAUGGUUGUCCCUAUACUUUUUCCUAAUUUCGUUCUACCCUUCCUUUUCUAGGGGGUGCUGGUGCAAGAAGUUGCGCCUAGGAAACUAUUGGGACAACUGAAUGAAGUUCUUGCUGCUGGAAAGGUUUACUUAGUUACUCUUUUUACAAACACUUCUUUCAUCCCUUCCUCUGAGGACGAUUCAAUUUUUUGUCUCGAUAGCUUUGAGUUCAGCCAAUUUGAGGAAUUGAAAGCCUUCACUUCAGGAGUUGGGACUUUAGAGUUGUUUGCUGGAAAUCCCCAUAGGGGUUAGCCUCAAAUUGUGUUUACUACAUACGUGGAUUGCUGGAAAUCCCACCACCCCGACGAUUCCGCAGAUACUGGACGAUGUGGAUAGAGAAUGUGGUGAGUUCUCUCCGUUGUUAGUUCCUUCCACCCAAUAUUGUGAUGAACUAUACAGUUCUAAUGCCUUAUAUUUGAAUUCCUUCAUUCUGUUCCCCAUUGUGAUGAAUCAGACAGUUCUGAUGCCUUAUAUUUGUUUGGUGUGUGGCACAGUUGCACUUUAAUGAAGUAGAUGCAAAUGUAUUAUGUGUUGACCCACUUUGCUUUGGUUCUGCCAUGAAUAUUUUGUUGGUUUCAUAUGUCAAUUUGUGUGGCCAUAUAUUUCUAUGUUACUUUUCCUUUGUUGCAUGGUUUGAAAGAGAUGGAGCUUUUUUGCAGAGCAUGGUGAUGUCAAUCAUACAAUUUUGGAGGUCAUGGGCAAAGGAACCUAUGAUGUUGUUGGUGCAGCAAUAGAUACUCAUACAGGGGGAAAAGUGGCAAUCAAGAAGAUACAUGACGUUUUCCAACACAUCUUUGAUUCUAUUAGAAUAUUGAGAGAAGUCAAGUUGAUUAGGCUCCUAAGGAUACAGGUAAUAGUUUCUCUGAUUUUUUCUUAGAAUCCGGCUUCUGUCAGACUCUCUCAACCAAUAUUCUUUGAAGUGAAAAUUUUCAGCGAAUACAUGGUGGUUAAUUUUUGGGUACUUGGAAAUCACUCUGGUUUAUUCUGAAUAAUCAUUCUGGUGCCUCAUGGUUCUAAUAUGGAUUUGGUUGGAAUUGCAGCGAAUGUGUACCAUAGAGAUCUCAGACCAAAGGAAAUGAGUAGUGCAUUGUUUUUGUUAUUUGUUUCUUGCACUAAUCUAUGGUUUACCACUAUCUAAUGUGUCCUUUACUGAACGCAGGAAGCUUCCCUCUCAAUCAAUCUGUGGACUGAUUUUGCUGUCAAGUUUGGUCUUCCUGAAGUCAUUCAAAUUCAAAUGGAUGGAGCUGCACCAGUGAUUGGGGCAUUUACUAGCCUCAAGCUCUUAAUCUGGUGUGGUACACUUUUCAACAUGUUCUUCGGUUGUUUUUACUACGACUAAUCCUUCCUGUGUCCCUUUAGCUUAUCAAUGAGGCAAACUUUUAAAUAAUUCGAGUAUCGAACAACGACUCUGUUAUUUCUUUUUUCGUUAAGGCCAUGGGGGAACUUAUAUGUUACAAUUUUUACCAUCCAAAUCUUCCAUUAAAGCAAAUGAAUUCCAUACAUAACCUCUCAUUCUUUAACUGGUUGUUCCAUUAUGCUCUCUCACUUCCUAUAAAGCUACUACGGCUAAAUUUAGACCAAGGAAUCAUGCUUUGCUGUAUGUGCUUGCUUGCCUCUGAAUACGAUCAAUAAGGACAGGCCCGAAGU